AUGAAGUCUCCUCCUUGCUGCCUGUCCCUUUCUUCCGGGGCGUCUGCAGAGCAGCUGGACAAGAGCACGUCUUUGGGCUCAUUGGACUCAAGCGUCUUCUGCAGUGAGGAAGAGUCCGGGUCCUUGCUGCAGCGGGAAGCCCCAGCCUUGGACCGCAUCACCGUCAACGUGGGAGGCGCCCGCUUUGUGCUGUCCCAGCGAAAGCUGUGCUGCUACCCAGACACCCGUCUUGGCAAGCUGGCAGUGGUGGUGUCGGCUGCCCGGGACGCCGCCUCCAGCCUCCUGGAUCUUUGCGACGAUGCCAACUUGGUGGAGAACGAAUAUUUCUUUGACCGGAGCUCUCAGGCAUUCCGUUACAUCCACAAUUAUUAUCAGACCGGCCGGCUGCAUGUCAUGGAUCAGCUAUGCGCGCUUUCGUUUCUGCAGGAGAUCCAGUAUUGGGGGCUGGAUGAGCUCAGCAUUGACGCUUGUUGCCGGGACAGGUACUUCAGGAGGAAGGAACUGAGCGAAGUCCUAGAUAUCAAGAAAGAUACUGAAAAACUGGAUUCCCAAGUUGAGGAAGAAGACUUCUCUGGGAGCCUCUGCUUUGGUGUCAGGCAGAAGCUUUGGGAGGUGUUGGAGAACCCCAGUUCUUCUGUAGCUGCUCGAACUUUUGGCACCAUCUCCAUGGCCUUUGUGAUCAUUUCUAUCGCCAACAUGGCUCUGAUCUCGGUGGAACUGAGCGGGCUGCCAUUGCAAAUCCUAGACAUCCUGGAAUAUGUAUGUAUUACCUGGUUCACAGGGGAGUUCGCCUUGCGCAUCCUGUGUGCAAGGAACAGGUGCCACUUCAUGAGGAAAGUAGCAAACAUCAUAGACCUUCUGGCCAUUUUGCCCUUCUACAUAACACUGCUGGUAGAGAGCUUGCGUGGUGGAGGAAGUUCCCAGGAGUUGGAAAACAUGGGGCGCACUGUGCAGGUGUUGAGGCUGCUGAGGGCUCUCCGCAUGUUGAAGCUGGGCAGGCAUUCCACAGGUUUGCGGUCUCUAGGGAUGACCAUCGCGCAGUGCUAUGAAGAAGUUGGCAUGCUUCUGCUUUUCCUCUCGGUGGGGAUCUCAAUCUUUUCCACCAUGGAGUAUUUUGUUGAGCAAGGUGUCCAUGGCACAACCUUCACAAGUGUGCCCUGUGCUUGGUGGUGGGCAACGACCUCCAUGACGACUGUUGGCUAUGGAGACAUCAGACCAGACACAGUGAUUGGCAAGAUUGUGGCAUUUGUGUGUAUACUAUCGGGAAUACUGGUCUUGGCUUUGCCCAUCGCCAUCAUAAACGACCGCUUCUCUACUUGCUACUUCACCCUGAAGAUCAAGGAAGCUGCUCUCCGCCAACGUGAAGCCUUGAAGAAGCUCACCAAGAAUAUGUCCAGUGACUCCAAUAUCAGCAUUAAUUUACGAGACAUAUAUGCGCGGAGCAUCAUAGAUUUGCUGAGACUAAAAAGUCGAGAGAGAACAAGUACCAGGAGCAGUGGUGGAGAGGAGUUUUGGUUUUAA